CAGCUUUCAGCGGAAAACUUUAACGUUAACUUACUGUCAGUUUAAACAGCGCUUUAUGUUAGAUAGUGGGGUUUAAAUCGUGUUUUUCUUCCGACGUCAACAGGUGAAUCUAAAGUUCACAUCGAGUCAGUUUUGCUGGUCUGAACUAUUUUUAUCUCCUGACUAAACCCGUUUCUCUAGUAGUUUGUUUAUAACCUUAUAUGUGUUUACAGUGUUUAGUCAGCUAGUUGUACUUUGAAGUAAAAGCCUAAUGCAGACCUAACAACGUCUGACCCAUGGAUAUAUAGAUAUUUUGUAGACACUGUAUUUGGGGCAGAUAAUUUUUAUUCUCUUUAUACGGGCUAAAUUACAUGAACCCUGAUGAAUCUUAAGGCAGAGGGUUGAAGCCCAGGUAGUGAGGAUUUAAAAUAUGAACAGUGAUUUCACCCAAUUACACAGUCCCAUUCAAAAAAAAAAAAAAAACAUUAAGUAUAAUAAAAGCUUGGCCAGUUGCUCUUUUAUAACCACAAUCAAAUUAAUGUUCCAAGAAAUUUGACCGGCAGUUACAUUUACAGCCUCGCCCUCUGUGUCAGGCGCUUUCAUGAGAGCUAAGCUCAUACUGGGUUUUGUGGCGGUUGCUCCUGUGUUGAUAAGUGUGUCUCUGUGGUGAUAAACAUUAUGUAAUUGCUUUGUCCUUUCACUGGACACUGGUCUACAGGGGUUAAUGACUAACUACAAAUAAGGCUAAGACUAAUUAGUCUGAAGUUUUGUUCUGACAAUGGAAAAACCCAAGUCACACGACACACUUGGCAAAUGGGCAGCUUUAAAGUUUAAAUGAGUUCAUCCGUAUUCUGCUAACGUUUUUUUUUUUUCAGUUCCCUCCAGGCCACAGCAGCUACUCGUUAUUUGCAUGUGAUGAACCCAGAUUGUGUCGGGUUAAAACGUAAUAAAUGUUAUCUCAGAGUUUCCACUGUUCUGCAGAUUCGUAUCCUGACCUGCACGCAGCAGGACAGAUGGGCACAUUUACAUACCGGCCUGGUGAUAGGGGCUUUAAAAUUCUACAGGGAUGGGAUGACACGGCAAAGCAUGAACGGCGAACAGGAGUGCUUUUGUGCCUCUCUGGGCCGAUGUAGCAGCCCUUCCCUCUCAGGUGUUGAAACUUAUCCGAAAGUGAAUUUCUUUUCGCCAGGAUCAGACUGAGCUGCCUUUAUUCUAAACUUCCAGCCCUAUUUCUACAAUUCCUGUAGAAAAGCUAAAUGUUUCUGUCUUCUAAAAUCCCAUUCUUAAAUUGCUGCUAAACAACUGCUCCUUCAAUUUCCAAUGGUCAUUGACAGUUAAUGCACCAUUCGGAAGAUGCUUUUAUCCAGAGUGUCUCACAUUGGCAGAAUAGUGCCUAAGGAGGAGACCAAGCCCUAAUCAUUACCAUUCACAUUAUCUUUGCUUUUCCAACACCUAAAACUAAUACACCAAAAUUAAUAAUGUGCUAAUACUAGACUGUUACAGUAGGACAACGUGGUCAAACUGGAUAUCAUAUAGCUUUUAGGAGAUCAUUGCUGCUGCUACUGCCCUCGACUCCCUGGGAAACUGAUCCGGUCGAGGAAGAUUAGGAGUGGCAUGUGUGCUGUAAUCUGAGUCACAUGCAGUAAGAGGACUAGUUAGAUAUCUGUCAGAAACACACGACGCUAUGACACACGGUCAUUCUCUAAGAGGAGGGUUGUCCGGUCAUCAGAAAGCUGGUGUUAGACAGGUCUGCGAGUGAGACCGAGCAAUUUAGAAAUCCAGAAAAUAGCCUAACAAAUUACAUCUAAACACAUGCAUCUUAUAAGGAUUGUUGCAGUGGCUUUAGCCGGUCAGCUACAGACUAUGUGUCAAGCAGACUGCACUCUAAACAGUUUUAAGGCUGCCAUGAGUAUGAAAAGGCACUUGCACAGUCUUAAGACUUGCUUAAAUCCAUCAAAGCAACAUUAACAUUUAGUCACCUUUGUUUGUACAGAAUGGCAGCUUUGAGCAUGGGUCGUAUUCAAAGUUUGUUGUGCGCUUCAACAAACCUCAGCUGUUGAACCUCAACACAGUUGACUUGACAGGAAACCAGGCCUUGAACCGAAGUGCAACAACGGAACUGAAAAGCAGGCUUGCCAGCAGGCACAAAGCAGUGAUGAAGGCAAAAAGGAUGAAAGGACGUGAGCCCAUGCAGAGCCUUUAUGAGAAGGUGGUCAUGAAACAAGCUGCAAAAACCAUUGCAGACUCUCAGCAUCCCAGCCUUUGCCAUCAGGAAGAAGACUGUGUGUGAAUGCAACACUGCGCCCAAGACGAAUUUCCCCUUAGGAACAGUAAAGUUUCCUCUACUUUAGAAGAACGUGAAGCAAAUAUAGAUGUUGUGAAAACAACAUAGUGUAAAUUUCUCAUUGUUUUUGCAUUAAAAAUGUUUGCUGUUCGGCAGCAGUUAAUUCUGUUGGGUUUGACCACAAACAAUUCAAAGCAUCAGUAGCAAUGAUUUUCUAAAAACUGCCUUUGAGCAAAGAAAUCUUUACUUGAAACUUGCCCAAAGCAAGAAAGUUGAUUUUACAGAGGCUGUAAAGGGAUUUUUAAACACUUUUUAUUCUGUUUUAGUGGUUUUUGAGUUGUCUUUCAACACCUUUAAAUUCACUUGUAAUAGCCUUGAGGUUCUCUCGUGAUACUUUCCACUAGAGCCCUGGAGUGCUCCAACCAUUGGACCCAGUUGUACUUCUAUAACAACAUGAUGAUGUACAAAGUCUACAACUGUGCACUCUUGUCAAUGUCAUGCUAUUAUAAAUUUGUUACUAGGACAAUAAUCUGUUAUUGUGCAAUACGUUAUCAAAAUAUCUAACCCUACACGGCCCAGACACAUUGUAGGCCAUUUCUACAACAUGAAAGUAAACCAGAACUAAUUUUAACCCUGGGCUGACAUAGCUCAGGGUUAUGUUAACAUGUUUGACACAUUUAAACCUGAGCUAAUAGUGAACACGGAUCAGUCCGAUCUGGAGCUGUCCAGUUCCCUGUGGUGCUGAUUGCUGUUCACACACAACAUCUCGUUUUCCACUCAUUGGAAACAAAUGUACAGUUUACUUGACUCCAAGCCACAUGUUGUCAGUCAGUGUCUGUGCACACUGCACUGACAUUCAUGAAAUAACUAUAGCACAAGCCACCGCCUAAAUUCCUUUACAGCUAAUAGAUUGUCAUAUGGCAAUAAAUCAGAUAUGGUCCACGUUCUUGAAUCUAGAAAUAUGGCAGCUUUUACAGACAGUCCAGUCAGAAAUAUACUGAAUCUGCUUUAGUGAAGCAACAUGUCAGACUGUGUGAUCGGUGCUUUGUUGAUCAAUAAGUGCAUGUCGAGUCCUGUAGAGUUUCAGUUUGUGACCAGUCUGUCUGUCAGUACUGAGGGUGAGCCUCUGGGCUCUGAAUCCACACUGUGCAUGACACUGUAGUAAUCUGGUCAUUUCUAAAAAACAAGGGCCGGCUUAUUGUUGUUUUCUAGUUUACUUAUUUCUGCUAUUAGCCUCUGCAUAUCGUUGAAGUCCAUGUGUCCAAUUUAACAGAAUUCUACUUUUCUGUUUUUCCAGCAAGCUGGGCUAUUCCCAAGUAAGACAAAUGUCUGUAGAAAAGCCAUCAUAACAUCACAUGAGUGUGUUUUCUGCCUACAGGUUGUACACACACAUACACAUAUACACACAUCCUCAAUUAUUUGCUGCAUAAGGUUAGCACUAGGUAACACAAAAGCUUUAGAGCAAAAUAUUGCAAGGGGCAUAAUUUGUCAUAGUUUCCUCCAUAGAGUGCUAACUGUACAAAAAUUAAUGCAAAUUAAUGGCUGUCUGGAAGAUAGAUGAUCUAAAAACCUGUGUAAAUUGCUCUACUGAGACAUCAGCGCAAACAAUGAGGUUAGAAUAUGGAAAACAACGAGUAUGAUCCAUUAAAUGGAAUCUACUUUUGAAUUUUGUGUUGUUGUUUUUUUCUAGAAUAAUGUUAUUCUGCCAAGCUUAUAGAGGAACAGUUAAACUAUAUUUCUAACUCCCAUGUAUUCGUGUUUCAGAGUGAAACAACAAUCUGUGCCACUGAACUUGAAUAAGUAGGGCACUAAGAUGCCCCAAAGUGAUACCUGGCCAGGUGGCUUUGGAUUGAUGACCGGCAUGGACAGCGCUGGCAGCUGUGACAGCGUUGUCAGCGCCAAUUCUGGCUUUAGCGAUGACAGUCUGGAGCACCUGUCUGCUGAAGAGAAGGCCUGUCUCAUGUUUUUGGAGGAGACGAUUGAGUCUUUGGAUACUGAGGAGGACAGUGGACUGUCCAAUGACGAACCUGACCAACUGCCCAACCCUGGCAACCUUACUACCAAACUGGCUGACCUGUCAGCUUCAAUGAGCAACAGCAAGCUCAACGGCUCACAGAAACAUACCUCUAAGGAGGCCAUAAAGGACAAUGUUGACACCAAACCCAUGCAGAGCUACCUGGUUCCUACACCUGUUGUUGUGGCAACCAGCCCACCAUGUUCUGUGCCCACCACUAAACCUGGUGUCCCUCCAGACAAAAACCAAGUACCUUUAGAAGUUAAUGUUGUGAUACCUCCUUCCACCAAACCCAGGGACUACUCUUUCAGGACAGCUGAAGGUCCGUUACCGAGAGGUCCUCUGUCCUACGAAGCACUUGUUCACCUGCGGAGGAGUGCCUCCACUAAGAAGACACCUUUAUGUCCCACAGUUGAUCACACUAUUGACUUGGACAAGCACCUUCCUGUUACAAUGGAAGGCCCAAACCUCAGAAACAUGCAGAGAUCUGACAGAUCCCACUCAGAGGCUCCUAGGUCAAAGACAGGUCCUCCAGUUGUGGCCCCCAAACCCAAAAAUAUUCCUGCCAACAUAUCUGUAAAAAUACAAAAUGCAGCACCAGUAACCUCAGACGCUUCAUACAGUGUCAAGCAUGCAACAGAUCCCCAGGUCGUGAGACUGGAAGCUUUGCAGAAGCUGGGCCUCCUGAAAGACCAGCAGCCAGAAAAUGAGACCGUAGCCCCACCAACUCUCCCUAAACCUCACUGCUCUUUGGACCCAACACCAAGCCGAUCCACGAAAGGCCCAUCUAACGUCAAUCCAUCAAGAAGCCCAUCGUUCUGCUAUUCUCAAGUGUCCUCAGAGGCCAAGACCAGGCCUCUGCAGAGCAGUGCCAGUUUCCAUCAGUGCUCCAGACAUGACCAGCAGCCGGUGUCUGCAUCGCAUCCCGCUCAAUCCAACGGACUGAAGGCAGCCAGUCUGGAGCACUCCGCUGCCGUGGACAACGACAGAAACAACGGAAACAGUCCUGAACCGCGAAACGUCACAGCCGCCAAGCCAGUGAAAAGCCCCGCUGCAGCUCAGCCCGAACCCCACAAACCCUCAAACUCAGUCGGAUAUUCCGUGAUGGUGGUGCCGGGGAUGGGAGCUGAUCGAAAAGAAGCACUCAAAAAACUUGGACUGCUCAAAGACUGAAACAGAUGAACAGCAGAAGUCUGCCUGCGUAAAUGCAGUGCUCAGAGAGGCUUCGAGACUACCAUCAGCUUACAGAGAGUUAGAGCAUUAAGCGGGAACUUGGCACACGGCACUUCGGCAAACUAAAGCAGAGGAGGAUGAAGAAGAGGAAGACAAAAGAAGGGCAACACCAGCACUUUAAACGUAGGUCGUGGUUACCCACUUACCUGGAUGCGUUUUUUUUUUCCAACUCCUGUUCUUUUGUAGGUUUCAAGAGUAUCUGAAGGUGCACCUUGCACAUUUCAAACCUCUGCCACUCCAUUUUAUCUUAACGUAAGCAUCUAAUCAGAAUCUCUAAUUGUGUUUGCUCUAACAAAUCUCAGUUAGAUUUGAGUUGAUCAAUCGGCCUAAGAGUGCAUGUGAAAAAACAGAUUAAGCAGCAGUUUAAACUUCAAUAUAGUCUUGGAAUAAUUAAUAUCCUUCACUUACAAAUUUACGAAUGAGAUGCAGCAUUGGGUUGCUGAAUGUUUAAAAUACAUUCACACACGUUAAUGGCUUUAAGAAGUGAUUCGUCCUCGGUGUGCACAAAUGAUGGUCAUAUGCUGAAGCAAGCCAUAUUGUGGCUUUCCAUUCAUCUUGUUCCGUGCUCAAACUGUACAUAACAUGCUGCUCCACUGUACCUGAACUUAAAGAGACAUCGGCCCAAAUCAGCAGAAUUUUUACAUUCCUGAUCUUUUCAUAAUUCACCGAUGUGCCUGUAAGUGGAUUGUUGAGUACAGUCCCUGGAGCAGUCAGUUUAUGCUUUGAAAGUGUUUUCGGUGAUUUUACAGUGUUUUCUUUCGUAGCUACCAGCAGUACAUUAUCAUUUAGGUCUAAUAGCUGGCUGAUUUGUUUCCUGCUGUUUUUUACAGUGCAUCUGGUUUAGCUGGUUUUAAAAAUGCGUGAUGAAUGGACUGCCUUCAUUGUCUGAAUACUGGAGAAUGACACACAAUGACAAUGUGAUUAUUUUUACCUGCUCUUUACCAUUUCCAAGAAUAUCAGUGAAAAUAAAGCCUGCAGCUUA